CUUUCCCCUGUCGUGCUAUUUCUUGCUUCCAGCUGUGUUUGCAGAAUGAUAGUUAUCUGACCUGCCCGUUUGGACAGCUUUCUCGGCGAACUUGUCACAUCCUGAGUCCACCGCCUAUUGCGCUCCGCUUUUUGGCGUAUCUGUCAUCUCCGGGAUGGGCCGGAUACUUUUCUCAAUAGCUUAGACCGCGAAUUUUGUCGUCGUUACAACCCGCGCUUUACUAGUUAUCUAGCUGUGUCCGGCCUGUCACUAUGGCUGGAAUGGAAGAGAUUGAGAUCCAUAGCAAAUCAUAUCUUGUUCGGUGGAUCAAUGUCAGCGGAGAGCACACCAUCUCCUGGAGCAUCCAGCCUCAUAAGAAGUCACUCAACUUCGGCAUAUUCAAGCAUCCCGGUACCACGGGGACGCUGACUGCGACCUCUGCCUCCAUCCACUCCAGUAGCGAUUUUGGUGACGGAAGGGAGAAUGGCAGGCCGGGGAAUGCCUCGUCAUCAGUGGUUACGGAGAAGCUAAAGGGCAUAGGCCUCAAGCCCAUCAGAUGGGUGGGGAAAUGCGAGGCGGAUAAGAUUUCCCAGGGGACGUACGAUGUUGGGUCCGGCGAAGGUGGAAAUUAUGCCUUGGUGUUUGAUAAUACCUUUUCGAAGCAGAUCUCGAAAACCGCCACGUUUGUUCUAUUGACGUACCCUACCCAUUGUCCCCCCCGAUCCGGACACCAGAUCCACCACUCGCAGGCGGGGCUGGGCUACGCUGCAGUAACCAGUGCGCUUACACGCUCGAAUCCAAACAUCGCCAGUGGAGCGUCGGAUUCGACUGAGUCGCUCCGGAAUUCUCGCGGAUUGGCAAAUAGUCAAUCAAAAACCGGGUCGCGCGGUUCCGAUUCUCCUUUUCCUUUCCAUGCGCAAUUGCACACGGGCAUCCUCCAGAAACGGCGCAGAAAAAGACAUCAAGGAUUUGCCCGGAGAUUUUUUUCACUCGAUUUCAAUACAUCUACUUUAUCUUACUACCAUGAUCGUAAUUCAUCCGCGUUGCGCGGCGCAAUACCUCUCACCCUCGCUGCUAUUGCUACUAAUAGUGAUACAAGGGAAAUAUCUAUAGAUUCCGGCGCGGAGAUCUGGCAUCUCCGCGCCCUUAACGAGCAAGAUUUUAAUUUGUGGAAACGUGCGUUAGAAAAGGCCUCGAAGAUCUCCGAGGAUGUGGUACAGCCAGAGCCAAAGGGAAAAGUUCGCACGCAUUCAAUACCGACGCGCAGACAGAGCAUGAUUACGCAGGACACAAAGAGCUGGACGGAAGUUGGGUGGUUGGCCGAGAAGGUUGCAAUGGCCAGGGAUACCGUUCGACAGCUUGCAAAGGAUACGGAUCCCAAAUAUUUACCUUAUUCCUCUGACCGUCCCCAUGUCAACACCCGCCAGAUGCCUCAGCAAACAGAUGGUACAAAUGAGAUGGCAGAUCGGGAAAAACGUUCGUUUUGGAAGCUGAAAUAUCGGAAUGACAACCAAUCAGCCCAACGAGCAGUUUCGCAUGGUGAACCUUUUGGCAGUGACAAACCACCUAUGGAAAUGCCAAAUAGGGGGCGCGACCCUGUACAUGACAGGUUGAUGGCACUUCUCCAGGAACUCGAUUCUGUUGUCUCGGACUUUUCGAGUCUCUUGGAGAAGAAGCGCCCUCGGCCUUCAAGACCUCCUUCAAUUCGGACUCGUCCGAGUAUAGAAUCUGACGUUUCCGAAGAAUUCUUUGAUGCAAAUGAUGGGCACUGCUCCCCGUUACUCACUAUGCAUCGUGAUAGCGAGGACGAAGACGAGAAGAGCGUUGCCGCAGAAACUGCGGUUGGUGAUGAAUCUUCACUGUCAGGAAGCGAUAUCGAAGAACGAGACGAUUUCCUCAAAUUUAGGCACGACAACUCCUCGUCCCUAUUUCCUACAAAACCGAAGUCCUUAAUCCCGCUGCCUGUGGAGAAUGUUGUUCGACGGAAAACCGUUUUAGCCCCGACCGUCAUGCCUCCCAGUUUGAUCGGGUUUCUGCGCAAAAAUGUUGGCAAAGAUCUAUCAACGAUAUCCAUGCCCGUCUCUGCAAACGAACCGAUUUCGCUUCUGCAACGUGCCGCAGAACAGUUUGAGUAUUCGCGGUUGCUGGACAAAGCUGCUAGUGCUACGGAUGCUUUGGAAAGAUUAAUUUACGUGACUGCAUUUGCGAUUUCGCCUUUUUCGAAUAUGCGAGUUAAAGAGAGAAGUAUUCGCAAGCCAUUCAAUCCCAUGUUGGGGGAGACGUAUGAGUUAGUCCGCGGUGACCUGGGAUUCCGAUUUAUUGCGGAGAAAGUUUCCCACAGACCCGUCCAACUAGCGUAUCAAGCGGAUUCAAAGGACUGGAGUUAUGCACAGUCGCCCAAACCGACACAAAAGUUCUGGGGAAAGUCUGCAGAGAUCAUAACAGAAGGUAAAGUGCGAUUGACGUUGCACUCCAGCGGAGAGCAUUUUAGCUGGUCUCCGGGAACCUCAUUUCUGAGAAAUAUCAUUGCCGGUGAGAAGUACGUUGAGCCAGUCGGUGAGAUGUGCAUCGUCAACGAAACAACGGGCCAAAAGACCGUUGUCACGUUCAAAGCCGGCGGCAUGUUCUCUGGACGCAGCGAAGAAGUCACCGUUAAAGCAUUCGAUACACACGGCGAUGAGCUCCCCCUUGGUUUACAGGGUAGCUGGACCACAUCUCUCCAGCUCACCGAACAUGGUCGCGAAACCAACCAUACCAUCUGGGCCGCUGGUUCUCUCGUUGAUAAAGCGCCGAAGCACUAUGGAUUUACGGUAUUCGCUGCGAGUUUGAAUGAGAUUACCGCCGUUGAGAAGGCCAAAUUGCCGCCGACGGAUAGUCGACUCAGACCGGAUCAGAGAGCGUUAGAGAAUGGGGAUGUUGACCAGGCAGAGAAUCUGAAGGCAUUGUUAGAAGAAAAGCAAAGGCACAGGAGGAAGGAAAUGGAGGCUGUUGGGGAGGUGUGGAGAUCGAGAUGGUUUACCAAAGUUGGGGGGACUGUUGAUGGAGCAAAUGGAACCGGUACGGGAGACGAUGACGACGAUGGUGUGAUGUGGAAGCUGAACACCGGAAAAGAUGGUUACUGGGAAGAGCGAGCAAGGGGACAGUGGCCUGGUACUGUGCCUGUGUUCAAGCUAUGA